AUGUCCUCCGACGAUGGUAAUCUGAUUAUAGCCGAGGAGCCGGAGGAAGAGAAACCAUCGACGGAACCGGCUCCCUCAAAUGCCCAGGCCUCCAAGAAUCUGGAAGCCCCGCCCCUUUUGGUCUCUAAAUCCCCUAACAAUGGACAUCAAUUGGAUGGAAUGGACCCUAAGGCCACUAAUCCGGCCCCUUCAGCGCGAAGUCAGCCAAGUCCUGCAGUUCAGGCGAGUCCAUCAAACGAUCCACAGCCAGGUCCCUCAAAUGCAGAAUCGUCAACAGAAAAGACAAAGCCAAAACCCAAACCGAAGACCAAUGCGCAACAGACAUUCGACUUUGAUUACAACGGACCGCCGGUAUCCGUAUCUAAUGCAAUGGCUUUGGAGUUGGUGAAUCGGUUUGGAUUGAAUAAUGCCUGGGGUAAGUUCAUACCGUUACAAAGUAUUCGAAUACUUUAGGAGCCUUCCUAAAACUACGAGGAUACAAGAUACCAUACGAUAAAUCCAUACCUCAACCGCCGGAACACGUACAAGCCCUUAAAAGAUUCAGAAGGAAGAUCAGAAAUGUCAGGGAAACCUUUAAUCAGUAUAGAGACGAAGGCCAGGACACAGAUCCCUUCAUGACUCGGGACUUUGUAAUCGAAUUGAAAGGGAAUGGAGAAGAAGAGAAGCCAGAAAGUCCAACGCCAGCCAAAAGAAAGGCCAAUGGAAAGCCGGUGGAAAAUGAAGAAGGUAUGGCUCUUUGCUUUAAUUGUCAGCACUACUUCUUGCCUUUUGCAGAUCAAUCAGCAUCUGUGAACGCAAACAAACCAAACGGCGACGUUAAUGUCACCAUCCCAACUGAUCCUACACCUCCGGCAAAAAGACAACGGAAACCAAAGAAAGAUACGAAGAAAGGUACGACAAUUCCCAUAUCAAAUGUAAUCAUUUUAGAUCAAGGUGUGCCAUUAAACGCCCCUUUGACAAUCGGGAUCACGCCUCAGGUCUCAAGUUCGGGACCGCCUUCUGACGGUGUUUUGAACAAGCGGAUCGAUGAAAUCGUUACAAAUGUUAUCGACCGGGUCAUGUCUACGGCGGGUAACGCAACUGCGAGCUCGACUCAUGUAAAUACAACGGCGCCGAUUGUAACGGCAGCAACAAGUGUCGCAAAAAAUGAACCAACCCUCCCAUCGGUAACAAUCCCCACCACCGGGCCUACACUUCAAAUAAAUCCCUCCCAGCUGCCACAACUUUCAAUGGAACAAAUACAGGAAAUGUACCGACAGAACUCGAGUCUCUUUGCUAGUCUUCCACCACAUGGUUUCCCGAUUCAAAGCUUACUAACGACAACUACUUUGAACCCAACUUCUAGAGUAAGCGAAAAACCCCAGUGCCUUUAUAUAAAUUCAAAUUUCAGGCAGCCCCACCUCUCAUAUCACCAGCGGCAUCGAUGGCUCUGAACCAGAAUUCUUCCCGAUUCUUCUUCCAGAAUACUCCUGGCCAUUUUGUAGAGCAAACAGCAGCCCAAAUGUUCCUCCCACCAACACCUCAACCGACCCCUUCAAUCAACGGGCAUCCGUUUCCGUUUGCUGGUCCCGGUCUAGGAACAGCCUCGUUGAUUCGUGCGCUCCAAAUCCCACAACCUCAUCAGGUUCAUACCGUUCCGAUUACAAACUGGGCCCAGCCAAUUCAGCCAGUAGUCAGUCAAAUAGAACACAAAGAGCCGAAGAAAGCAGCUGAGAUUGUCGUUUCUCAACCAACAACUUCACAGCCUCAGGAAACAAGUUCUGAUCAAUGUGCUACUCCAAGUGAGAAAUCAAAGACAAAAGAAACACCGCCUGAACCCGAGAAAUCAACUGGUAGAAAAACACCCAAAUCAGAACCCAAGAAGUCAGAAGAAUCGAAAGAAGAAAAGGAACAGACAAAGCCUGUUGACAAAACACCAACUCCAGAGCCGGAACCAGAAAGACCGUUGAAGUCAGCAAGAAAGUUCUAUACCAAGAAGGAUAAAGACGAGGAAAGGAAGACGACUGAACUUCAAAAGAAGAUUGAAUCCAUGGAAGAACGAAUCCAGGAGUUGGAAGAGAAUCUAACAGCUGAAAAACAGAAAUUCACAGCUCAAAAGAAACGGAUGGACACCAUGCGAGAUAAACUUAAGAAAAAAGAUGACGAAUUGCAAACUGCCAAGAUUGACUAUGCUUGCCAGAAGACUGAUAACAUCACACUUAGAGAGCAAAUGGAAAAAUUAAGGUAAGAACAUACUAGAUAAAAUAAUAUCAAUAUGAAUACAGUUUGUAAUAACUGUUUUUACAGAGAAGAGAAUGAAUCGCUGAAGAAACGGCUGACCAAUUACGAAAAGACGGAGGAACUGGACGAAUCUGCAGCCCAGGAGUCGGAUCAGAACUCUAAAAGUCCAAGUCCAGUUGCAAAACGAAGAGGUCGAAGACAGACUACUCGACUAGAUCCAUCCCCGUCAGUCAACUCUCGAGCUGGAAGUCGUAGAGCCUCAACACCGGUCAAGAAACCCGCUCCGCGGAAACGGAAAAGUGAUCUAAAUGAAUCUGCAGCUUCCAAUAACAAUGAGGAAGACAACGAAGAGGGCAAUAGACGGCAAAGCAAGAGGAUCUCCGCUGCCAGAUCCAAGAUUUUAUUCUCCAGCAUGAUGUAG